UGAGUUCCUGAAACCAAUCCAGUGUUGCAAUAAGAAAACUAAUAAGCAAGUUGAUAAGAUUUGCAAACACUUGAGUUUGAAAGAAGAAGUGAAAGCAGGAAAGAUGAAAACAAUCACGGCUUUAGCAUCUACAGGGAGCGUGCUACGUACAGUGAGGCUGUUUCACUUCUGGUUUGCCCAGUUCUGCUAAUGAACACUCGUGAGCAUUAGUGGGACAAUAGAAUGAAGACAGUGUGUGCCAUGCUGACUGUGUUAUGUAUUGAUCUAUCUGGUACUCAGCUGUCAACAAGACAUUCCAUUUCUCUCCCACAGAAACGUCUCACCUCCCAGGCACUUGACACUAAGUAGUUUUUUGAACCCUUUCUCAGGGAUUUCCUCAGCUGGGCUCUGUUACACCUGGGGGUUUUGGUUCUGUAGAAGAUGGCACUUGAGAGUGGAAUCACAGAAUCACAGAAACACAAGGCCAUUAGGAUCAUUCAUGCUGUCCUGGAGAAGUAUGGGACCUAUGAGAGCUUCGAAGUUGCCACUGGUGGGAGACUGCUGAGCAAGUGCCAGAUCUGGUCUGUUAUCCGAAAGUACAUGCAGAAGGAAGGCUGCGCAGGGGAGGUAGUGGUGCAGCUCACCGAUGAUCUCCUGUCGCAGGCUGUGAUGAUGGUGGAGGACAGCCGGCCAACACUGGCCAUCAACCUGUCUGGAGCCCGGCAGUUCUGGCUGGAGGGCAUGCUGCGCCAUGAGAUAGGCACACACUACAUCCGAGGGGUGAACAACACCCGCCAGCCCUGGCACAGCUCGGAGGGCCGCAAGCAGUACAGCCUGAAGCCUGCCAACCCCACAGAGGAAGGUUUGGCCAGCCUGCACAGUGUCCUCUUCCGCAAGCAGCCCUUCCUCUGGCGUGCAGCCUUGCUCUACUACACCAUUGAGAGGGCCAGCCGCCUCUCCUUCUCCGCGCUCUUCCAGGACCUGGAGCAAUACGUCCAGGAUGCUGGCAUCCGGUGGGAGUACUGCGUGCGGGCCAAGCGGGGCCAGACUGACACCUCACAGCCAGGCUGCUUCAGUAAGGACCAGGUGUACCUGGAUGGGAUUCUCCGCAUCCUGCGACAUCGGCAGACAAUCGACUUCCCAUUGCUGGCUGCUCUUGGAAAGGUCUCCUACGAAGAUGUGAACCGCCUGAAGAAAUUUGGCGUCCUGGAGAAGGCUCGCAUCCCCCAUUUCAUGCAGGACCUGGAGCGGUACAUGAAGCAGCUCGACCACAUUGUCACCACCAACCAGCUGGAUGAGCAGGAGCUGGAAGAGCUGCUGCCUGAAUACCUGCCCCGUCAUUGCAGACCGUGCAGACCUACAAGUAAGCAUGACUGCACCCCAAAUACGUGCUCUGCCAGGCAUCAAGGCACAAAGGACUCGGGGUAGGGAUCUGGCUUGAUGUUACGAAAAAAGGUGUAAUAAAACCCAUGUAAUGGAAACUUUGUGUGGACCAAACCUUACGGACAGC